GGGAGCGUGAGCCAAGGGGAGGGGGCCGCGGGUUUUCAUGUGCCCAGCAUGAGCUCCUACUUCGUCAACCCCCUGUUCUCCAAAUACAAAGGCGGCGAGUCCCUGGAACCGGCCUAUUACGACUGCCGGUUCCCCCAGAGCGUGGGCAGGAGCCAUGCGCUGGUGUACGGGCCCGGCGGCUCGGCGCCUGGCUUCCAGCACGCCUCGCACCACGUCCAAGACUUCUUCCACCACGGCACCUCCGGCAUCUCCAACUCGGGCUACCAGCAGAACCCGUGCUCGCUGAGCUGCCACGGAGACGCCUCCAAAUUCUAUGGCUACGAGGCGCUCCCCAGACAGUCCCUUUAUGGGGCUCAGCAAGAGGCGAGCGUGGUGCAAUAUCCCGACUGUAAAUCCUCCGCCAACACUAACAGUAGCGAAGGACAAGGCCACUUAAAUCAGAACUCGUCUCCCAGCCUCAUGUUUCCAUGGAUGAGACCCCACGCUCCUGGGCGGCGCAGUGGACGACAAACUUACAGCCGGUAUCAGACCUUGGAACUAGAGAAGGAGUUUCUCUUUAAUCCUUAUUUGACACGAAAGCGCCGGAUUGAAGUCUCUCACGCCCUGGGACUGACCGAAAGACAAGUGAAGAUAUGGUUCCAGAACCGAAGGAUGAAGUGGAAAAAGGAGAACAACAAGGAUAAACUGCCUGGGGCCCGAGAUGAGGAGAAGGUGGAAGAAGAAGGGAAUGAGGAAGAGGAGAAAGAAGAAGAGGAAAAGGAAGAAAAUAAGGACUAGCAGAGAGAGAGAGAGAGAGAGAGAAAGAGAGAGAACCCCCCAAGCAACUCCCUUGAAGUUUCGUUUUAUGGUAGCAGAUAAAUUGAGAAGUUUACGACUGUCAUUUGCUUUUAUAGAGAAUAGAAUGACACUCACAACUCUAACUACCUGUCAGAUACUUGCAGCUCUACUUUUAUUACCUUUGGACUUCCCCUGCUCUUUAUUUGUUUGGAAUCCUUGGG